AUGCGAGCUAAUUCUAUUUCAAUUGAACAAGAGAACCAACUCAAAGAAGCUUUUGCUUUAUUUGAUCGAAUUGGUGGUGGUAUUAUUCGUACAAAAGAUCUAGCGUAUGUUAUUCAUUCAAUUGGUUAUCAAACAACUCCUGCUGAAUUAGAACAAAUGAUACGAGAAGUUGAUCAAGAUGGUAAUGGUCUUAUAGAUUUUGAUGAAUUUAAAUUAAUGAUGAGUCAUAAAGGCGAAAGUAAAUUAGAAAUAUUCAAUGAUGAACUAGUUAAUGAAGCAUUUCGUAUCUUUGAUAAAGAUGGAAAUGGUUUUAUUACUGAAAUGGAACUUCGCUCUGUGAUGAAGAGUCUUGGCGAAAAAUUAACUGAUGAUGAACUUAAUGAUAUGAUUCGAGAAGCAGAUUUAGAUGGUAAUCGUCAAGUCGAUUAUGCUGAAUUUUCUGCAUUAGUUCGUCGUCUUCUGCAAAUACAAAAUCUUUCAACAAAUUUAAACUUAGUCAAUAGCUCAGGAGCAUAUGAAGGUCGAGGAAUAAUUCCAUAUAUAGAUGAUGAUUCUGAAGAAGAUCUUGAUGAUCAAUUUGUUAAUAACUAUGGAAUAUAA